GGAGGUAACGCGGCGGGCUUUAGGACCCAGCGGACGGCUCUGCUCGGUACAAUAGAGCUGUUGUUGCGUGGUGGAUCCGGACCGACUGGAACCAGAUCUGAACUGAACCGGGUCACUAAAGACCCGAAUCUGACCCAGACCCGGACCCGGAGCCUCCGGUUCUCACCGCUGUAUGUUGGACGUGGAGUCCGGACUGAGAUGUGGCGGGAAUAAAGCGGAGAGCAGCGCGUGGACUGGAGGAUGUUACAGGAUGAAACGUCUCAGGUCCUCCAGCAGCAGCGACAGUUCUGACAAUGAGAGUCCCUCCACCUCCUUCUGCUCCUCCAACAAGUAUGGAGGAGGCAAACCUGGAACCUCCACCUCCAUCCCCAAGAAACCGGCUGAAGUGUUCAGAAAAGACCUGAUUAGCGCCAUGAAGCUGCCGGACUCCCACCACGUGUCCCCGGAGGACUACUACCUGCUGGCGGACACCUGGAAGCAGGAGUGGGAGAAGGGGGUCCAGGUGCUGGCGAGUCCAGACACCAUCCCACAGCCGUCAGUCAGAGUCAUCGUGGAGAAGCCCAAAGAGGUGCUCUACACCCUCCAGAGGAAGUACAUCCAGUGCUCCGGCCAGGAGUCAACAGAACCGGGUUACGUCAACAUCAAGGAGCUCGCCGAGGCCAUGUGUCGCUACGACCUGGACGACAUGGACCUUUACUGGCUGCACGCCAUCAACACUGAGCUCCACCGUAUGGGGGAGGAGCCCAUCGACGAGCUGACGAUGGAGCGCGCCAUGGAGGCCCUGGAGAGCCAGUGCCAUGACAACAUGAACCACGCCAUCGAGACGGUGGAGGGCCUGGGGAUCGAAUACGACGAGGAUGUCAUCUGCGACGUGUGCCGCUCCCCCGACAGCGAGGAAGGGAACGACAUGGUGUUCUGUGACAAGUGCAACAUCUGUGUGCACCAGGCCUGUUACGGCAUCGUCAAAGUGCCCGUGGGAAACUGGCUGUGCAGGACGUGCGUCCUCGGCAUCGACCCUCAGUGCCUCCUUUGUCCUCAGAAGGGCGGCGCCAUGAAGGCAACACGAGCCGGAACCAAGUGGGCUCAUGUGAGCUGCGCCCUGUGGAUACCAGAGGUGAGCAUCGCCUGUCCCGAGAGGAUGGAGCCCAUCACCAAAGUGUCCCACAUCCCGCCGAGCCGCUGGUCGCUCAUCUGCAGUCUGUGUAAAUGGAAGACGGGUGCUUGUAUCCAGUGCUCGGUGAAGAAUUGCACCACUCCCUUCCACGUGACGUGUGCCUUCGAGCACAGCCUGGAGAUGAAGACCAUCCUGGACGAAGGAGACGAAGUCAAGUUCAAGUCUUACUGCCUGAAGCACAGUCAGCCCAAAGCCGGGGAGUCCGGCCUGAGCCCGGCUCGCUCCAAACCCCCCGCCGAGGCCGAGAAGGUGGGCCAGCGGGCUCAGAGGCUGCGGGAGCUGCAGGAGGAGUUCUACACCCUGAUCCAGCAGGAGGAGCUGGCCCAGCUCCUGGGCCUGUCGGUCCGCCUGGUGGACUACGUCUAUCAGUACUGGAAGCUAAAGAGGAAGGCCAACUUUAACAAAGCUCUGCUGCCCCCCCGAGAGGAGGAGGAGAACCUGGUGCUGCAGCCGCAGGAGGACAGCAUCCACACCCGCAUGAGGAUGUUCAUGCACCUGAGACAGGACCUGGAGAGGGUGAGGAACUUGUGCUACAUGGUGAGUCGGAGAGAGAAGCUGAAGGUGCUACAGAGUAAAGCUCAGGAGCAGAUGUUCAACCUGCAUGUGAAGCUGGUGAACCAGGAGCUCUCUGCUGGUCUUCCGUCUUCGUCCCCGGUGGAGAGCUUGCUGUUCCGUCCUCCUCCGAGGAUAACGCUGAAGCUGAAAAUGCCCAAAUGCUCGAGUCUGGGAAACGGAAAUCCCGGUUCUAAGUCCGGUAACGGGCCGCUGUGCCCGGACAACAGCGGUAACGUGACUGAGCAUGUGGGUGAAGGUCUGGGUCAGGGGAAGCCUCAGCUGCACGGACGCGGUCGGAGAGAGGAGCACUCCAACGGGCGCCUGUCGUCGUCAUCCUCGAGCCACUCCCGCGGCCCGGCGCUGCCCGUUAAACCCACCGGCAAACCUUUAGCCCUGCAUGCGGCGCUGCACGGCCACUCGUCCAGCAGCAACGGCAAACUGGACCAGGACCGGGGGAAAUCUAACGGCCUCUUGGAGAAGCUGGUGGCUCAGAAGGACAGUUCCUGCCAGACGCCCAGCGACCAGGACGCUUCAAAUCAGGUUUUGGACAAGAGCAGCUUCCGCAAGUCGGCCAUGGAGCACUUCGGCAGGUCCUUCAAAGAGGCGACCAUCAACCUGGUACGGACCACGGAGGACCUGCGGGCCUCCGACAAACUGUCCCGAAAGGGCUCCGCCAAGGAGAGACUGUGGGCCAAACCGGCGUCUGAACACAAAGUGAAGAGGUCGUACCAGGACAGCGAUGGCUACUGUCCAGACCUGGAGCUCAGCGACUCGGAGCCGGAGUCCAAAGGGAGGCACCGGCGGCACCAGGUGGGCCUGCCUCCUCAGCCGGACGCCCCGGGGAAAGGGGUCAGUCGUGGGAAACAGUCGCUGGGCUCCAGACACCCGGUGCAGAGGUGACAGAUGUUUGUUUACUCCGCUCACUGCCGCCGCCGCUCUCCUCCUGACCUCGUGGCGGUCUUCCCAAGUGCCAGGCCGUCUCUGUGAACUCUCUAUCAGGGACCAGACCCAGACCCAGACCCAGCGCUGAUGAUGCUGCUGUAGUGGAUGCAGAAGAUGCAUGAAGGGUAUUGUCACCCAGUGGGAUUCAUUAAGAGGAACUGAUCUGAGAUCAUCACGUGGCUAAAAUUACAUUUUGUACUCUGCUGCACAACUUUGUAUUAAACACAAUCAGACUAGAACUGCUGUACAGAACAUGUUGAAACUGGGAUGUAAAUAAUGUUAGACUGGAUCGCACACAUGACUCCACUUUAUUCAGACUCCUGAAGUUAAAUCCAAACUUGUGAAUUCGAGCAUCUUUCUGACACACCGUCUGUCACAGUUCACCUGUUUUCCAUCAGGUGAGAAACUGACCUGUUUUUACAUUAAUGUCCAGUAGUGAGGUCACGUUGUUAUGAACAGAAAUGCCUUUUUAUGUGUGUGUAGGAACACAGUUUCACACUGUUAGCACCUGUCUGCUUUAUGUGACAGGUGACGGUUCGUUGAGUCCUGGUUAGACAAAAGGAUCAUGUGUGUAACAAGUAAUGACAUCCCCCAGAAACGUAGUUGAGUACAGAUGUGUAACUGAUGAUUGCCUUUAAUUACUGGCCUCAGAUCGUCACAUGAUCAGCCUUCAUCAUCAUCAUCAUCAUCACUGACUCAUUAACUGAAAUGUUAUUUGUGUCACUUUGUUUUGAUAAUAAAUAAUAAGCUGGAAUAUCUGGUUUACUGGAGACUGUUAGGAUUCUUUUAGUGAUGUGUUAACUUUGUAUUGACCAAUUUUUUUAUUUUAUUUUAAAAAGGUGUCUUCAUAAAAACAUAAAAUUAACAAAAUUUUAAAUAAGAACAAAUAAAUAAUCUGACCUUU